AUGCUCUUAGAUGCUAUGGUUGGCCACGAACGAGACCAAAGCCCGCAAUUGGUAGAUCUCGCCAGUAUCAACGAAAUCCCAGGAAAUAUGCCUGCUCCAUCGAAGGAGACUAAGAAGCAGGCCGAGGCCAAUGGCCAAACCGGCGCCAAUGGCAAUAUCCCCCCUCCCAAGACAGACAAGCCGCGUCCCCAUGUCUGUACCACUUGCGGUCGCUCCUUCGCGCGAUUGGAGCACUUGAAGCGUCAUGAGCGCUCGCACACCAAGGAGAAGCCCUUUGAAUGCCCUGAUUGCGCACGUUGCUUUGCUCGUCGUGAUCUGUUGCUUCGGCAUCAGCAGAAGUUGCAUAUGACAACCACCCCAUCCUCUCGGCCCAGAAACGGUCGCCGAGAGAGUACGGGUGCUGCGGGUGCGGGUGCGGGCGCCAAUCGCGUGCGCAAGAACUCCAUCGCUAACAGCUCCGCCUCGAUGCGGCCUCGUGCCAACACGAUUAGCCACAUCGGUACAUCGGCCCUGGGUAUUCCAGAUGGCAGUAACCCGUCCUCCGCGCCCGGUCAAUCGGGUCACGCAUACCACCCCAGUCUUGGAACGUCAUUAGGCUCAAGUAUAGACUAUAGGGGUUUCAGCUCUGGGCAUCCACCGGUCACCGGUCUGCCCAAGCUAGAAACGUCGGGUCUUCCCAUGGAUAUGUCUGGUGGAUUGCGGACGGCCCCCGUAUAUGGCAGCUUCGAUCUGGGUAUUGAUGGUAUGCUGAUGGGUCAUGGCAGCACCAUCAAUCCCGCUCAACUACACUUUGCAGGUUCUCCCCAGGGCUUUGGCGACUCCCCUUCUUCCCCAUUCGGCCACCAGCACCAUGGGAUGCCUCACCCGGAUCCCAUGAUGGACGAGGAGAUGAACUUUGACUGGAUGAAUGGGUUCGAUGCGGCCGUCGCGCUUGGAAACGGUAACGACUCGGUUAUCGACGAGUCCUCGCCAUCCGCAAUGAGUACGGGUAGCCAGAGUGGUAUUAGUGAGGCGAUGUUGGAUGGACCCAACCGCAUCCCCAUCUCUAAUGGCUGGCACAACCCUUUCCCCGGACACACGGCGGUGUCCGCCAACCAAUUCGCCAUCGACUUUUCCCCGACGACGCUGAACGAAUUGGGGAUCCCGCCGGAGACCGUGUCGCCCAAGUCGCUGAUGGCCCAGAACCCGUUCGCAGAGACCUAUGCAACCCCUCCCUCCAUGACCUCGGUCGGCCAGCCCAUCGUGGGAGGACAUUCGCAGAGUAUGUUUUCAUCCUCAAUGGCAACAAACGGAGAAUCUCCUAAUCCUCUCAACGUUCCUUUCCCGAAUAGUGCCCUACGAAAUCAACAUUCCCCAGUCUCAACGGAUACCUUUACAGACUCCACUCGACAGGCUCUACUAGCGAGCAUGUCCCAACCCACUGGCUUCAGUCACCGCAAGUACUCUCAACCCGCUUCUAGUCUUCUCAAUAGUCGCGAGCUCUUCUCUCGCUCAACUGGCUUCAACACCUCCGGUCAACUCCCCAGCACCUCGGACAUGCAGCGCUACAUUUCGGCCUAUAUCACCUAUUUCCACCCCCACUCGCCUUUUCUUCACAUCCCAACCCUCAACUUCCAGGCCCCCGAGUACACGAGCAACCUACGUACGCCGAGCGGACAUCUUAACCUCAGUUCGACCGGCGUUGCGGGAGGCGGUGGCUGCCUGAUCCUUUCGAUGGCGGCCAUCGGUGCUUUGUACGAAUACGAGACCGCUGCUUCCAAGGAUCUGUUCGAAGCCGCAAAGAAGAUGAUUCAGCUAUAUCUGGAAGAGCGGCGCAAGGCCGACAUGUCUGCCGCUUUGAGUCGUUCUAACUCGGCUCGCGAUAAUUCCGUACACAACACCCCCCUCUGGCUGGUGCAGGCCAUGCUGCUAAAUGUGAUCUACGGUCAUACCUGUGGUGACAAGACAUCUGCAGACAUUGCCAGUACUCAUUGUGCUGCGCUCGUUAGUCUGGCUCGUGCUGCGGAACUUACGCAUCACCUGGAUCCUAAGAGCCUACCGCAAGAUCAUCUCAAUUCUGGAUUCAAUGCUUCGGAUCCAUCGGAUACGGAUAACUGGACAUCAUCCUCGUUUGGUCAGCCCAAGGAAAGGCGCGACUGGUUAAACUGGAAGGUGGUGGAGGAAAGGAAGCGUACUCUGUACGCAAUCUUUGUCCUCUCCAGCUUCCUCGUUUCAGCAUACAACCAUGCACCGGCCCUGACAAACUCUGAAAUCCGGUUAGAUCUCCCCUGUGAAGAGGAUCUCUGGGCUGCCGAAUCACCUCAGGCUUGGAAGAAGAUGGGCGGGCAAACAACCACCAAGAAUAAUGUUUCUUUCUCGGCUGCUUUGACUUCCCUUCUGACUGCCAGCCAACGUGAACAGCAGAACAAGUCGUCAAACUUGUUCUUCAGCACGGAUGAUCCAACGAGUGCUGAGAACCGGCCAAGUACCUUUGGCUGCCUCGUUCUCAUUUACUCUCUGCACAACUACAUCUGGGAGACGAGGCAAAGGCAUAUGGGUCGGCAAUGGACCGCACAAGAAACCGAGGCCAUGCAAUCACACAUCGAACCAGCGUUGCGAGCAUGGCAGGCGGCGUGGGCGAGCAACCCUGUUCACAGCUUGGAGCGACCCAAUCCGUUUGGAGCGGGCCCGCUGUCUGCAGAUAGCAUCCCACUACUCGAUCUGGCUUACGUUCGGUUGUUUGUCAACCUGGGUCGAUGCAAGGAGGCCUUCUGGCAACGCGAUUGGAACGGGAUGGCAGAUGAGCUUGCACGGGGAACGGAGGUCUUUCACCAGGCCGAUGGACCUAUCAACGACGUGUUAGAUCCAUCUCUCACCGGGUCACUUGAUGCCCGGAGGGAGUCCGUGAACGACCUUGGUGUUGGUGAACUAGCAAUCUCUCAAACACCAACCCAAGACCAGCCCAUGCAAUCUCUCUCCAGUGUAUACAAGACCGGCCAGUCCAAACGUGAGAAGCACCUCCGCAAAGCAGCCUUCUAUGCCGCAGACUCGAUUUCCAUGUCCGACCGCCUCGGUAACACAUUCGCCGAGUUCUCCUCUCGCGAACUUCCCAUUCAAUGCGCAAUGUGUGCCUUUGACUGUGCCCAGGUCCUAGCCGAAUGGAUCACCACCGUUCAAGAACGCGUUGGCCCUUACCUGGGUAUCCUUGGUCGUGAUGACAUCGACCUAACCCAGGUACCUGGGGUCAUGCUUCUUGAAGACGAAGACUGCAAACUUAUUGAUAAGAUCAAAGAGAUUCUAUCAAGCAUUGAGACGAAAAUGCAACGCACCGUGCAGAACAGCAACUCCAUGUCUGCGCUGAGCGUGAUGCAACGCCUGCCCAGCGUCGUUGAGGGCGGGUACGGGUGUAAAAUAUUGAUUGCCACGGCGAGUCUGCUCGAUCGAGCAGCUGUGUGGCCAGUGACGAAGCUGAUGGCGCGCUCAUUAGAGGCGCAGGCUAUGCGGAUGAAGGAGCGUGCGGAACACUCUUGCUCGCAUGCCGUUAUGAUGACUUCUUAA